GUGACAGAGAGGGUGGGUAGAGUGUGGUGUGAGGGAGUGACAGAUUUUCAAAGAGAGAUAGCAUUGGAUGGGAUUAGGCCUGGGCUGCAGGUUGCUCGGGAUUACGCAGCGUAGCGCAGCCCUCUGUGCUGUGCGUUAUUCUCUAGUCUUCUCACGGCACGGCAUCGCACGGCAUUUUACAGCCUCCCUGCACUGAUCGACACCUGAGGCACAUCUCACGUUUGUUCCGGAGACAUAGUAUCUUUAUGGAAACAUGGCCGACGUUCCCCAGAUCGUCAAAAUUGGCAUUUCACUGAAGAUGCUUCCCAACAACAGCGCGGUGUACUUCAAAUCCGACGGCGCACGGUUCGGACAGACGCGGACCAUCAAGCUGCUGACAGGGUCCAAAUAUAAGAUCGAGGUGGUCGUUAAACCUGGAGCGGUCGAGGCCACGUCAAUGACUGUGGGUGGUGUGACAUUCCCCCUGGAGCAGCAGUCUAAAGAUCCACAGUCAGUGGUCUACACUGGCCUGUAUGACACUGAGGGGGUGACACACACCAAGAGUGGAGAGAGGCAGCCAGUACAAAUCAACAUACAGUUCACAGAGGCGGGAGAGUUUGAAACGGUGUGGCAGGUCAAGUACUACAACUACAACAAGAGGGACCACUGCCAGUGGGGCAACAGCUUCAACAGCAUCGAGUACGAGUGCAAGCCCAACGACACGCGCACGCUCAUGUGGGUCAACAAGGAGAUGUUUCUGUGACGACCUGGUGUGUACGAUAACUCUGGGUCAUGAUUAAAAGAAGCCAUAUCUGUGGGUUUUUUUCCCUCUCUCCACCACCGGCCAAUAUCAGCAAAUGUGAAGCUGUUUGAAAAGAAAACCUUUUCUCUCCUUUAUGCGUCUGACCUCCCGCCAACUCGCUUCGUAUGGCAGGACCUACAGUAUAAAAUGUGUCUUUUCACAGUGGUUAUGUUUGUUCAGGGUCCACGUGGCGUUUUUAUCAGGGUGAACUUUACAUUAUCUCUCUGACCGGUAUAUUUUAAUAAUGUAUUGAUAGAGGAAAUGACGUUUUGAGAGAGAUAUUUUUCCACGGUUGUGGCAUCUGGUAACCGUCACGUGCGAGAAGGUUUGUGUGUGUGUGUGUGUGCGCGUACAGUGCUGUAAACGUGUGAGUGUGCCCGUGUGCGUAGGCGUAGCGUGUGCGUGUUUGUUUUCCAGAUGGUGCUCAUACAGAUGUGUUUAUCUGUGUUUGUGCCCGUUUCCUUCCAAAAUCCAACCUUUCCAUAAAUACCAUGUCCAUUCUUUAAAACAAAACAAAAAAAAAAAAAACAAUUGCUGGUAAAUGUUACUACCUUUCAGAACUGAGCGCGUCCAUCUCAGCCGAGCCGUGCGUCCUUGCAUUAGUGACAUUUUUGCUUUCGCUGGCUCAGAGCAAAAUAUUUUCCAUCUGCCGUUGUAUGGGAACUUUCCAUGACAUCUGCAGUGUCUAAUUGUAAAAAUGUGUGGUAUGGUUUGGCCAAUGGAGCCCGGCACUGCGGCCAAAGACAAUCUUUUCUUCUACAGUAAAUCUCAAGUAAAUAUUUGCAGGUAUUUUACUAUCAGCCACAUCAACAGAUCCAAAAGAACAGUGAUAUUUUCAGUCCGAUUUGCUGCACCCUUGAGUUGUGAGAAACACCCAACUGGAUCACCGAGGAGAUCUGAAAACCAUCACUGUUCACUCGGUGGCAUGGGGGGUGCAGUGGUUAGCGCUGUCGCCACAUUGCAAGAAGGUUGUGGGUUUGAAGCUGCUGAGGGCCUUUCUUUCUGUGCAGAGUUUGCACGUUCUUCCUGUGUCUGCAUGGAUUCUCUCUGGGUGGCAUGUUAGGCCAGUUUUUUUAACUAGUUAAACUACUAACAAGCAUGUCUUAGGAUUGUUAGACACUUUAGAGAAGCCAGAGAACUUGGAGAAACCCCACACAGGCACAGGAAGAACAUGCUAAGUCUUGCACAGAGAAAGGCCCCCAGCCAACCAGCAGGUUUGAAGCCAGAAGAUGAGAUAAUCCUUCAUUUAUCCCACAGUGGGGAUAUUUUCAGUGUUCCACCAGCAGACAGUUUAAGGACAGUGCGCACAGGAGAAUCUUAUUGGUGUGAGACGUCAGUGCUAACCACUGCGCCCCCCCACGUUUCAGCCGCAUCAAUGUUUCAUAGCAGUACCUGUUUUAUUCUGUCACGCUUAAAUUAACUUGUGCCACUGUCUACACCGUUGUAAACUAAAAAUAGCCAUGAUUUUGGAAUGAAACCUUCUGUGUGUAGCUGUGUGGAUGUUUGUAACACUUCUGUGUCUAGUGUAAUGCGGUUUUGAAAGUAGAAAUGUUCGUAUCUGGGUGAAGUUGUGCCCCUAUCUACUGUGUGUUCGUUCUCUCUACCUCUUUCACAGGACUUAGCCACAGAUAUUUGUGUUGAAUAAUGAAUAUUUGGAACUGUUCAUGUUCAUGACAUAUCUUAAAAGUAUUUUUUUUCUAUUUCUUGUGGUAAAUCUUAAUAUUUAAAAAUAAAUAGUAUUUUUGUACAGUGUACCAUUUGAAAUGCUUUCAUAUUACUGUGUGUAUAAAAUUCAGUGGAAUUUCGGUGAAAGAAAAACAAAAAAAUGAUAGUUUACCUAUGCAAGAAAUCAGAGCAACAAAAUCACGAGGAAAUGGUGCAAUACAAAGGUGAAAUUAUAUUUUGUUCUAACUUUUCUUGUGAAUGUGUUGUUUAUAAUGUUAUUGAUAUUAAAUGAAAACGUUUGUGUCAAA